AUGAGUCGGUCUCCAUCGUUUUCUGUGAAGCCUGAGCUUAGUAUAAAGCCCGAUCCCGAGUCUUUGAAACGAUGGGUUCACGCAUUCUGCAUCAUGAGGUUUGAUCUCGAGCAAGGGCAGAUACUAGAAGAGUGUUAUCCAACAGGCUGUCUCUCGCAAGAAGAGGAAAUCGAGGUCUCAUUCAACUCCUUUCCUGAUUCCGUCUCGCAGCAUCACAACCGCGCGAGCAUACAUGACUGCAUUUUCUUUUUCCGGUUUCGUAGACCGAAGAAGAACGCCGAGGAGGUAGAUGUCGUUGAUAGGUACUUGUAUGGUUACGUAUUUAACAGGCAGAGGCAUGACGAGAGACUGAAGAGAGGAGGUGAACAGAAGUCUGUGGUGAUAUUAUCGCAUACGCCUUACUCGAGUGUUUUUCGACCGUUGCUGCAAAUCAUUGGUCCUCUGUAUUUCGAUGUUGGAAACAAGGCUAUUGAACAUAUCGCUGGUUAUGUCUCAAUGUGGCCUGCUCCUGUUCCUGGUAAGCUCAUGGAUCUGCCUAUUGGUAAUGCGAUGCUUAAGGUGAACUUGCCUCCUGCUCAUAGCCUACCACUGGAAAAUGGGGUUUAUUAUGAGGAAUCUGCUUCUUCCAUGGCUCCUUUACUCCCUACGAAUCAGUCUGUACCUCAAGGUCUUUUCCAUGACGCGGAUCUCUUUGGCAUUUACCGGGGACUGUUGCUGCAGCUAUGGACACUAUGGGAACUGUUGCUUAUAGGCGAGCCUAUCCUUAUCAUAGCGCCAACACCUCCGCAAUGCUCAGAGGCGGUCGCUUGUCUCGUGAGCUUGGUUGCUCCACUGUUUUGUAGCGUCGACUUUAGACCGUAUUUCACUAUACACGAUCCAGGGUUUGCUCGGCUGAACUCACUCCGAGAAGGAGAUACUUUCCCGCCGAUGGUUUUGGGUGUCACGAACCUUUUUUUCCUCAAAGCUCUUCGUAAUAUGCCUCAUGUUGUCUCCGUUGGAACCCCUGCGCCGAACUCGAACCGCGUAAGCUUUGCAAGUAGGUCGGCUGGUAGAUUAUCUGGCAAGUCUGAAGGAUUAGGCGUGCAGCAGCUUUCGUUAAGAAGAUUCUCUCCUACAAAUCUGCUAAACGCAGUAAAACUUAGGAGAGAUGGACCUUUAUGUCUCAUGACGGAGCACAAGGAAGCAGUCUGGACCACAUACUCUGCAAUAACUAAGCCAGACACUUCGAUAUUGAAUAGACUUAUCGAUGCUGGGAUGUCGCCGAGGGUUGAGGAAUCAAUGUCAGUUGUGAACAAUGAGAUUCUGCGACGGCAUUUCUUGGAGUUAACUACGAAUUUCUUGGCCCCUUUUGGUCCAUAUUUCCAGGUUAACGCUCCUUCUGAUGGAUCUUCCCCAUAUGUCACCCCUCCUGCGCUCCCAUCAUUCGGUGCUGACGAAUUCCUUUCGAAUCUAUCGGCGAGAGGUGUAGGGAAGUUUUUGUCUAAACGCAUGAAAUCAAACUGGCCAGAUUUGUAUAGGCGGUUUCUACGAGGGCCUAAUUUCAUCCCCUGGUUCCAAAGACGGCGUGCUGUUGCAGAGCAAGAACAGCGUAGAUUAUGGAGGCUGGCUAGAAUGAAGACUGAUAUGCGGCAGGUUACGUCUCAGAUGAACGAGUUGGAAGCUGUGGAUUCCUUCAAUGCCAUUGAGAAAUACAUUAGUGAGGAAGUCAAGUCGCGGGAAUCAGGAGGAGGAAACGCAGAUUCAGAAGCAACGUUUGAGAAACUGAAGAAGGAUUUACAAGCGGUGUUCAGUGUACUUCCAAGGGACAUGCAGGAGCUUCUGCUUUCAAAUCCGCAAAGAGCAUCACUUCUUCAAGAUCCAUCAGAGCUCCAUUGA